AUGGUGAAUCAACUGCACCUCUAUCUCUUCGGAGAUUUGACAUAUGACAUUUCCACAAAGCUGCAACCACUCCUUCACUUUGAUUCAUAUCCCCUUCUUCGUUCGUUUUUUGAUUGCGUUUCCGAUAAACUCAGAGCUGAGAUUGGCCAAUUGCCGGCCCAGGACAAAGAAGUUUUCCCUCGUUUUUCUAGCAUUGCUGAGCUAUUGACAUGGCGUAACGGCCACAGCAGGUCAAAUCCUGCUGUUGAGAAUGCAUUGACGUGCAUCUAUCAACUGGGAGAAUUUAUUCACCAACAUGAGGGUCUCGGACAGGAAUACUUCUCUCCCCAAGAAACAUGCGUAUCAGGUAUCUGCACCGGUGCCCUUUCUGCCGCAGCUGUUAGCUGUUGUAGGACUGCAUCUGAAUUGGUCCCUAUUGCUGUACAAACGGUACUGGUCGCUUUUCGAUUGGGAAUGUGCACAUUACGUGCUGCCAAGGCAAUUGACCCGUCAGAAGGAAACUGGUCGAUGGUUGUAUCUUGUGAUUCAACUGACAAAGUUGGAGAGCUUCUUUGCAAAUUCUCUGAGUCUAAUAAUCUUCCCAUCACAUCAAUACCAUGGAUUAGUGCAUAUGGGGAGGAUAACUGGGUGUCGAUUAGUGCACCUGCAUCCAUUUUGCUAGCACUUCGCUCCUCUGAGAUACUGUCAGGAAUGCGCUCGCGUGUACUUGAUAUCCACUCUCCUUAUCAUGCAAAGCAUAUAUUUUCAAAUAUCGACAUCGAUGCAAUCCUCGAGACAACCGAUUCUCAGGAGUGGGAGCGAUAUAGAGCCGUUCGGCCUAUGGUUUCGAGCACCACUGGAGAAGUAAUUGAGCCCGAAGGACUCCGAUCCCGCUUGGAGGCAGCACUCAUUCAAAUUUUGAUUGAGCCGAUCAGAUGGACAGAGCUCACUCAGGGGCUGGCUGCAUUCAUGUCCUCAAUCAACGCAACGAGGUUCCACGUUAUUUCUAUUGGCACCAAUGCAGAGGCCACAUUAACUGCAUCACUGAGCUCCAAGAUGCAACUUGAUGAUUCACAAGUCCCCAGUAAUGGCGAAAGUGUGAAGCCAGACCAAAACGGUGGCGAGGCCCGUGGAAAUAUGGUCCGUGGUCGAUCCAAGAUCGCUAUCGUUGGCCUCUCAGGCAGAUAUCCAAGUGCAGAGAAUAACGAGGAAUUCUGGGAUCUCAUCUUCCGUGGACUAGACGUGCAUAAAACUGUGCCAGAUCUCCACUGGAGUGCUAAGACACAUGUUGACCCUACCGGCAAGAAAAAGAAUACCAGUGCUACCCCGUACGGCUGCUGGUUGGAACAUCCUGAGGCAUUUGAUGGACUCUUUUUCAACAUGUCACCCCGCGAGGCACCCCAAGUCGACCCUGCUCAGCGUAUCGCCUUGAUGACCGCCUAUGAAGCAAUGGAACAAGCCGGAAUUGUCCCUGGCGCUACCCCAUCCACCCGCCACGACCGGGUGGGCGUCUUCUAUGGAGUCACAAGCAAUGACUGGAUGGAAACUAACAGUGCCCAAAACAUCGACACCUACUUCAUUCCUGGUGGUAACAGAGCGUUCAUCCCAGGCAGGAUCAACUAUUUCUUCAAAUUCAGCGGUCCCAGCUACAGUGUUGACACUGCAUGCUCUUCUAGUUUGGCAUCUCUCCAUAUCGCUUGCAAUUCUCUGUGGCAGCGUGAUAUUGAUACUGCCAUUGCGGGUGGAACAAACAUCCUUACCAACCCUGACUUUACUGCUGGUCUGGAUCGUGGACACUUCCUCUCACGCACUGGUAACUGUAAGACGUUUGAUGACGAUGCCGAUGGGUAUUGCCGUGGAGAAGGUGUUGGCACCGUUAUCCUGAAGCGUUUGGAGGAUGCCAUUGCUGACAAGGAUCCUAUCCACGGUCUCAUCUUGGGAACUUACACAAAUCAUUCGGCGGAGGCAGAGUCAAUCACCCGCCCGCAUGUUGGAGCCCAGAGGGAUAUCAUGAGAAAUAUUCUGAGCAACAGUGGAGUUGAUCCAUACAGUGUGAGUUACGUUGAACUGCAUGGAACAGGUACUCAGGCAGGCGAUGCUAGAGAAAUGACCUCUGUCCUGGACACUUUCGCGCCUGCAGACGCCCGUCGAUAUCGUCGGCCCGAAGAGUCCUUACAUCUAGGCUCAGUUAAAUCCAACAUCGGUCAUGGAGAGGCUGCUGCUGGAGUCAGUGCUCUGAUCAAGGUUCUCUUGAUGUUGAGAAACAAUACCAUCCCUCCGCACUGUGGUAUCAAAAACAAAAUCAACUCCAGCUUCCCAACCGACCUUGAUACCAGGAACGUAUAUAUUGCAAAGAAGGCCGUCCCCUGGCCUUCAAAGGAGGGGCAACCACGCAGGGUAUUUAUAAACAACUUCAGCGCUGCAGGAGGAAACUCUGCCCUGGUCCUUGAAGAAAAACCUGUAGAGGCUGAGAUUCUGGGAACAGAUCCUAGAGCUGCCCAUGUGGUAACGGUGUCAGCCAAAUCAGCAAUUUCUUUGAGUCGAAACAUCCAGUCACUGGCAGAUUAUAUUGAGAAGCAUCAAGACGAGGCUCUUUUCCUUCCCCAGUUGUCCUAUACCACGACCGCACGUCGAAUUCACCAUCAACAUCGAGUUGCUGUUACCGGUACAUCUGCUGCCGAUAUCAAGGCAGCUCUUGAAACAGCGGCUGCAAAUGGAGAUGGCAAGGUUAGAGCAAGAGUUGCACCCAAGGUCACAUUCACAUAUACUGGACAAGGUGCUCAGUAUGUUGGUAUGGCUAAGCAGCUAUACAAAUUAUUCGAUCAAUUUAAGAGAGACAUCAACCGGUUUGACAGCCUUGCCCAGAAGCUAGGAUUCCCCAGCUUCAUUUCUGUGAUUGAGGAUGAGUCUAGCCAGCAACAGCACGAUAUCUCUCCAGUCACCUUACAACUCUCCAGUGUCUGUAUGCAAAUGGCUUUAUCUCGGCUGCUUAUUUCCUGGAAUAUCAUUCCGGACAAUGUCAUAGGUCACAGCCUUGGUGAAUAUGCUGCUCUUAAUACCGCUGGUGUUCUAUCUGACACAGACACCAUUUUCCUCGUGGGAAGACGUGCUCAGUUGUUAGAGCAGCAUUGUACACUUGGAACACACAGCAUGCUUGUGGUUAAGGCUUCUUUAUCUGCCGUCCAGAGAGCACUCGAUGGUACGGACUUUGAGGUUGCAUGUAUCAAUGCACCAGAGGAGACUGUGCUUGCCGGCCCCAACACACAAAUUGAAGCCCUCAAGGAGUCCUUGAACAACAAUGGCCUCAAGACAAAGAUCAUUUCGGUGCCUUUUGCAUACCAUUCUUCCCAGGUAGAUUCCAUAUUGAACCAUUUCGAGACACUGGCUACAGGCGUUAUGUUCCGCAAGCCAGCGAUUCCGGUUAUAUCUCCAUUGCUAGCCGAGGUCAUCGUGGACGAUGGUAUCAUUUGCCCUAGGUAUCUAAGGAGACAUUGCCGUGAGACCGUCAAUUUCCUUGGAGCCCUUCAGCAUGUCAAAGAGACUGGAGUCGUGAAAGAUAAGUCCUUUUUCGUUGAGGUAGGCCCCCACCCUAUCGUGACUGGUAUGGUUAAGGCAAUCUUUGGGACCUCUGUCACUUCUAUGCCUACGCUUCAGCGUAGCCGUGAUGACCUGAAGGUUGUAACCGAAUUGCUUGUUUCCCUUUAUUCGGCCGGCACCGACCUUCGCUGGAACGAGUACCACCGCGACUUUGAGGCCUCUCACAAGGUCCUGGAACUCCCUGCAUACAACUGGGACUUGAAGAACUACUGGAUGCAGUACGUGAAUGACUGGUCUUUGCGAAAGGGUGACCCGCCAUUGAUCGUUGGCCCUUCGUCCUUGACCUCAACUACCAUCCACAAAGUAGUGGACGACAGUAUUGACAAAAUUGUUGUCGAGUCGGAUAUGGCACGCGAAGAUUUUAAUCCCUUGGUACAAGGCCACGAGGUCGAUGGCGUGCCUCUAUGCACACCAUCUGUCUAUGCGGAUAUAGCCCUUUCCAUCGGCAAGUAUCUUCUGGAGAGAUACCAUCCAGAAAUCGAAACGAACCUGGUCGACGUGGCCAACAUGACUGUCUUGAAGGCAUUGAUUGCUCGGGCUCAGGGGCCCCAGCCUCUUCGCACCAUAGCAACUGUCGAUUGGUCUGCUAAGAAAGCUGGCGUUUCCUUCCGCUCUUACGAUAAAUCUGGAGAGCCAACGGUGGAACAUGCGACCUGCGAGAUACACUUCACUGAUCGGUCUAGGCUCAAGCUGUUAGAGAGCUCUACUGCAACUAUCAAGGCUCGAAUGGGCGCUAUGCGCGAGACCCUUGGAAGCGGUGAAACCCAAAGAUUCAAUCGAGCAAUGGUUUAUAAGAUGAUCAGUCCUUUGGCACAAUUCCACCGAGACUAUCAGCCACUCGAUGAAGUUAUCAUCGAUAGCAACAGCCUGGAAGUCUCCAGUCAGGUCAACUUCACAGGUGUCCAGGCUGCUGGUAACUUCUUUGCCCAUCCAGCUUAUAUUGACGGCCUCACACAGGCAGGAGGGUUUGUCAUGAACUGCAAUGACAGUAAUGAUUUGGCAGUGGAGGUGUUCGUUAACCAUGGCUGGGAGUCUCUGCAGCUGUAUGAGCCUCUUCAGAAGGAGAAAAAGUAUAAGACUUUCUGUCAUAUGUCUCCAGGAGACAACAGAAAAUUCCAUGGAGAUGUGGUGGUCUUUGAUGAAAGCGAGAAAAUCGUAGCCAGUUACAAGGGCAUUGUUUUCCAAGGCGUUCCUCGUCGAGUGUUGCGUUUCUUCUUGAAGCCUGAAGCGCCGGCCGCUCCCCGUGGACAAGCAAACCAAAAGACCACAGCACGACCAGCUCCUGUUGCACCAGCUGCAACGGCCAUGCCAACUUCUACCUCCAAGCCAAUCGCUAAGCCCGCCAUGGCUCCAACAACAUCCAGCACCAAGUCACCAAAGGUCAAGCAGGCAUUCCAAAUCAUCUCAGAAGAAGCCGGCGUGCCUGUUGAAGACCUCACGGACGAUUGUGUCUUCACAGACAUGGGAAUUGAUUCGCUGUUGGCCCUAGUGAUCACAAGCCGAUUCCGGGAGGAGCUCGAGUUGGACGGGGAACUGGAUGAUAUAUUCCUCACGUAUACCUCGGGAAAAGCACUUAGAAGCUACCUUGCAAAGCAGUCAGGUUCGGAGAUCCCAAUAGUGGUGGAACCAACACCAUUACCGGUCAUUGCGCUAAAUGUUGAACCCGCCGUCACUUCUCGAAUCUCCAUGGGUGCCGAUUGUGCUGCUGCCCUUGCUAUAGUGUCUGAAGAGAGUGGAAUUGCGAUUGCAGAGCUCGCUGAUGAGUGUAUCCUUGCAGAAAUUGGUAUCGAUUCACUUCUGGCGCUUGUUAUCGUCAGUCGUUUCAAGGAGGAAUUGGACGUCGAUAUUGACAGUCAAUCUGUGUUCACAGAUUCCUUCACGAUCCGAGACCUGAAGGCAUUCUUUGGAAAAGGGGAAUCGACUAUUACUACCCGCGCACCGUCCAUUCUGAUGGAAAGCUCUGACGAAAAUACCAUGUCAUCCAUGACACCGCCAGACUCAAGUUCCGACUACGACACGUCCGAGAAGCCAGAACACAUUGCUGUACCGCCUGCCACAUCUGUUCUAUUGCAGGGUAUUGCAAGACAUGCAGAGAAGAUCCUCUUCCUCUUCCCUGACGGCUCAGGAUCUGCAACUUCAUAUUCAGCAAUCCCGCGGCUGAGUCCCCGCGUAGCUGUCAUCGGGCUUAACUCUCCCUAUAACAAGAUCCCAGAGCUUUUCAGAUGCACUCUCGACGACCUGAUUGAUAGUUACAUAGAUGAGGUCCGCCGUCGUCAACCAACAGGGCCAUAUUAUUUCGGAGGCUGGUCCGCCGGAGGUAUUUUGGCCUACCGCGCCGCUCAAAAGCUGAUUGAAGCUGGUGAAAAAGUUCUCGAUCUUAUUCUAAUCGAUUCCCCGGUCCCAAGGGGGUUGGACAAGCUGCCACAGCAUUUCUAUGAUCACUGCAGCAAGUAUCAGGUAUUCGGACACCGUGCUGGGCCAACCAAGGGCCAUGCGAAGGCGCCAGCAUGGCUCAUUCCACACUUCAAUGCAACAAUUGACACCCUACAUGAUUACCAUGCGUCCCCUCUUCCUGCUGGUAAAACGCCACGAACGACUAUCAUAUGGGCGUGUGAGAGUGUAAUUGAUGGUGUUAAUGUGCCCAAACUACAGUCCCAUCCCGACGAUACACCGGGCAUGAAGUUUUUGUCUGAACAACGCACCGACUUUUCAGCAGCUGGGUGGGAGGCCGUCUUUCCAGGAGGAGAGAUUAUCUUGGAGCGUAUUGAGCGCGCCAACCACUUCUCUAUGAUGAAAGGAGAGCAUGCAUCUAAGCUAGCUGCAAUCAUUAAAGCUGCACUAGCAUAA